CGUGUAACUUCGGUUUAAACCAGCAUCUGCUGUUCCUUCCAACACACUUUUACAAAGUACUCUCUCUUCCUCUUGCACACACAAUCUCUCUCUCACACACAUACAAGCCACUCAACAGUGUCCCUCUCAUUAUUCCCCUCAGUCACACACUGUCUGAUUCCCAUUCUCUCUCGCAGUCUCUCUCUCUCUCUCUCUCUCUCUCUCUCUCUCUCUCUCGAAGUGACUUCUUCAUUUUGCCUCCCAGUCUCACUCACUCGGUAUCUCAGACCACACCUCCCCCUCUCUUUUUUUUCCACACACACACACACACACCUUUUCCUCCUCUCUCUCAGACUCUGAAGCAGACUCCCUCCAGCCUGCCAACUUCUCCUUCUGUCUGACACGGUGCUACAUUCUCGGAGCCGGCCACUGAUCCGCAGCCAGCGAGGUUUGCUGGUGGGUGUGGCUCGCCAGUGGUGGAGACACACAGACUUCUCCACACUCUCCACUCGGGGCCUUUCUGGUCAAUUGACAACUUUCCCAACUCGCCACCGGGAUGAGCAACGAGAGGGUCGCCAAGCGCUCGGCAGCGGGGAGCCCCCGGGAAUCCUACUUCUCGGAUAUACGAACAUUUCUGACGGCUGAGUGCCUGUUGAUGCUGACCCAGGGCAUCAGCGGCGCGUACUUAGUCAGCAUUCUAACGACACUGGAGAGACGGUUCGACCUGCAUAGCACUGAACUGGGAGUGAUUGCAAGCAGCUUUGAGAUAGGAAACCUCAUGAUAAUUUUGUUGGUGAGCUAUUUCGGUGGCAAGGGGCAUAGGCCGCGACUGAUAGGCUGCGGUGGAAUCAUAAUGGCCAUUGGGUCCUUGUUUUGUGCUCUGCCUGAGUUUUUAAGCCAUCAGUAUAAAUACAAGCAGGUGGAUACAUCAGCAUUAAAGGACACCUGUAUCACAAACCUUUCCUUGGAGGAAACACAAAUUGAGAUGGAGAAGAAUCUAAAGACUUGUGCAGAAACGGAAACAACAAACAUGAUGUAUGUCCUGGUUAUUGUAGCCCAAGUUAUCAUUGGGGCUGGAGCAACUCCUAUUCAACCACUGGGGGUCUCCUACAUUGAUGAUCAUGUACGCAAGAGGGAUUCUUCGCUUUAUAUCGGAGUCUUAUUUACCACCAUGCUGUUUGGACCUGCAUUUGGCUUUAUGCUCGGUUCCUUGUUUACAACAAUCUAUGUGGAUGCGAUCUUCAUUGACACAGAAAAAUUGGACAUCACCCCCGAUGAUCCCCGAUGGAUUGGUGCUUGGUGGGCUGGCUUCCUGCUUUGUGCUGGGCUCCUGUUCUUCUCGUCUCUGUUUAUGUUUGGGUUUCCUCAGGCCAUGCCUAAAAAACAUGACUCAUUGAGCAAGAGCUCCCAGCAGCCAAUGCUCCCACGCAAAGGCCACAAAGACCAGCAGAAGCUUGCGGCUGACGCCAAUAAAAAUACAGACGAUAAAAAAAAGAGUGAAGCCACAUGUGGAGAAUACCUGAAAGCAAUUCCGCAAGUAACUAAGCAGCUGUUGAUGAACCCGGUCUUCACCUGCGUUGUGCUGUCUGCCUGCAUGGAGGUUGCAGCCAUCAGUGGCUUUGCUGCUUUCUUGGGCAAAUAUCUGGAAAGGCAGUUUGGUCUGAGUGCAUCGUACGCCAACCAAUUCAUAGGAGUCACUGCUGUUCCUUGCGUGUGUCUUGGAAUUUUCCUGGGUGGCUUUGUGUUGAAGAAAAUGAGCCUAACUCCACUGGGAGCCAUCAAAAUGACGAUGACUGUCAACAUGCUGUCAACAAUUACGUAUACCAUGCUGCUGUUUCUGGGCUGUGAAACAGGGCCAUUUGCUGGCGCAACAGUUGCCUAUAAAAACAGCACUUUCGAUGAACUCAGAAGGGAUCUAACCGUAUCAUGUAACGAACAUUGCAGAUGUUCAAAAGAGACUUUAAACCCAGUCUGUGGGGCUGAUGGCAUCACUUACCUAUCCCCAUGCUUUGCCGGAUGUACCAACAAGAACCUUACCAACUGUGCCUGCGUCAACACUGGGUUUAUCCAGAAUGCCACAGCUGUGCCAGGACAAUGUCCCAGGACAAAUUGUGAAUUCGCUUUCCCUGCAUUUUUUGCAGUUGUUUGUGUGGGCAGUUUGCUGGGUGCAAUGGCUCAGACACCAUCCGUCAUGAUUCUUAUCAGAUCUGUAAACCCCGAAUACAAAUCCUAUGCCCUUGGUGUCCAAUUUCUAAUGCUCAGAUUACUUGGUUUCAUCCCACCGCCACUUAUUUUUGGAGCUGCAAUUGACUCCACCUGUCUGGUCUGGUCAGAAACCUGCAAUAAAAGUGGAGCAUGUGCUUUAUAUGACAACACCUCAUACAGAUAUCUCUACGUCAGCAUUGCCAUUGGUCUAAAGGCUAUCGCCUUUAUAUUGUACACAACUACUUGGCAUUACAUAAAGAGGCAUUCCAAGAAGUACGUUCAAGGAGAUGAAGAUUCAGUCGGCAGAAUGACCACUUCAGAUCUCUUUACAUCAACAUUGACAUUAGAUGCAGCGACAGGCGAUUCUAACAAAUCAUCUGGAAGGACAACAUUAAUCUACCAUUUGGGAGACAAUGAGCUGUGCGAAAACAUAGAGUCUGUCCUUUAACAUUUGUAUGGAAUGACUGCAGCAUUGUGAAGAUAUAUAGUUUUGUAGGAGAAAAAACCCAUUUCUAAACAUCUAUUUUAAUGUUUUUAUGCAUCACAAGGAUACAACAGAAGGCACUGGCCUUAUAAAAGAUUUAUAUUAAUCUCCCUAUAGUUUAAAUGACGGCAAUAAUAUUUUGUGAUUCUGAAUAGCUCACAACAGAAGUGAACAAAUGGGGUGAGCUAGUACCAAGAACUAGCAGAUCCAAACCAGGAAAAGCAGUCGGCCCCAGUGGUCAGUUAUUUUUAAAGAAGUUCUAUUUAAAUGGCUUUUAUGCUUAUUUUGCAUUUUCUGAAGAGAUACAACAUAUUACAGCAUAUAAUGCUAUCUAUAUCACGCAAAGUAUAUGAAAGUGAAAUGUUUAAAGCACAAGUGUAUGAUCUGAUUCUGGCCUUGAGUUUAUCCCAAGUAUCCAACGCUUCAAAGCCUGAACUUUGACCAAAGAAUCCACAUUAACAAACAAUAUAAGCUUCUGAUUAUGUAUUUCCCUCUGCAACGUUUAACAAGUAUCUUUACUGAUUUAAUAUUACAGCCAUCAUGUAUAUUGCAAUAAUUGCUUAUAAUGCAACCUGAAAUGGAUCAAUUUAUUCUUUAUUUUAAAGCAGUUACUUUCAAUUAUUCAAGCCAUUUGAGGUCAUUCAAAACCUGCCUAUUGUUUUUAAAACGUUCUGCAAUAUCCAGUACUGUUACAAGUUGGUGCUGCUAAAUAGCUAGAAUGAUAAUACCAAAAGGUGCCUCAGGUCAUUUAUGAAGUACAUGAAAGAAAUCCUGAUACCCCAUGACACAUCAAUUAUUUAUUCUUAAUACAAAUUAUUUUUUAUUUUCAUACUGGAAAUAUAGGAGCCUACACAACUGUUUAAAGAUUAUGCCAACUGCAUGAGUGCAUUCGUUUUGAUUUACUUUAAAUACGGUGGCAGGUUUGAGGUGCGAGUAGUAACAUUGGCAAGGAAAGGAAUGGUGUUUUAUUUUAGGCACUCACAUUCAUCACCAAACUCUGAGCAGAGUAGCAUUAUGAUUUAAAAGCUCAAGAAAUUUUUUUUGAACAACCACCUAGGGUUGUUAACUCCUAUCAUAUUUACAGCAAGUGAUGUUAUUUUAUCAGUUGUGUGGCAUAAUAAAAUAACAAAAGGCACAGCAGUUAGAGAUGCUUCAAUUAUUAUGCUUGCACAGGUACACAAAAUUUGGCAAUGUUGCCCCGCUCCUGUUAAAAUUCACAUUACUUUUUUGAUUUUACCCUCACUGUUUCUGGUGCCAAUUGUAAAUUGAGUUGCAUAGUUUCCACUCACCACAAAACGUUAACAUGGUAGAGACCACAGUUAAUUGAGCAAAGGUGAUGAAAAUGACAAAGCCACAUCUGUAUUGUUCAUGCCUUGUGUAUUUGAGUAAACUUUAAUCUCCCAGUUUUUUUCUACUGCAAAAAUAUUAAGAAUAUUAAUGUAUAUUGUAUUGAAACCAAUGUGUUUGUAUUAUUUAUAUUAUGCUUUAUACGAUAGAAUUUUUAAAAGAAAUGCAUUUGACUUCUGUAAAACUGA